CGGGGGAGCCCGCGCGGGGCCGCGGCGGCUCAGGAGGAGGGCAGCCGCGCUGAGAGCCGGGCUGCGCACUCGUGUCGGAGACCGUGUCCCUGUGGAAGAAGCAGCUACCCGGGGAGGAAGAAAAAGUGUAUCUGAGAGAAGGGGAGGGCCAGCCUGCCCUUUUUACAGGUUUGCUCUGUUGUGCCUGGCAUGACCGUGUGGAGAAGGCCUAGCCACUGACAGCACAUCAGGAGCACGCGAAGCUGAAAGCAUGGAGCUCCGCAUGACUGUGAGUCCCAUAACCUCCACAGCUUGGUACGGCCAUGGGAGGAAUACAGAGCCGAGCGGUCGGAAGAGAAAGUAGCCAAGAAGGAUUCCCCAUUGCUGAAGCUGACGUAACUGCCCAGAUGGACCAAGGAGAACAAGAUCACAAGGCCUUGAAAGAGACACACAUGGGUGGUGAGUUAGGUCUCCUUGCAAGUGCAGAUCUUCAGGAUGUGUUGGCAGUGGGGUCCGGAGGAAGAGAGCAACAGCUGGGAGACAGCCAUGGAAGUCAGUGUGGUUCCUUAGAGGCUCAGCAAGGUGGUUGUGGGGAGGAAGAGGAGGCCAAGCUGCCUUGCUGUGAUAUCAGCUUGGCGACAAUACAGAAGAGAAGGGUGGUAGCAGCCUCACGGCGAGCCCCUCGCGCCGAGCGGCCCACCAUCUGCUCCGAGUGUGGCAAGGGCUUCAGUCGGAGCAUCCACCUCAUCCAGCACCAGCGAAUGCACACUGGGGAGCGGCCGUUCCUGUGCGGGGAGUGUGGCAAGGGCUUCAGCCAGAGCUCCCAUCUCAUCCAGCACCGGCGGGUCCACACGGGCCAGAAACCCUACACCUGCACCGAGUGUGGGAAGAGCUUCAGCCAGAGCUCCAACCUCCUCAAGCACCAGCGCAUCCACACCGGGCUCAAGCCCUACGUGUGUGGCGAGUGCGGGAAGAUCUUCAGCGACAGCUCCACCUGCAUCAAACACCAGCGGAUGCACACGGGCGAGCGGCCCUACAAGUGCCCAGCGUGCGGGAAAAGCUUCAGCCAACACUCCCACCUCCUUCAGCACCAGCGAGCCCACGACGGCAUCCGGCCUUACGCCUGCGGGCAGUGUGGCAAACGUUUCGGGCAGAGCUCUGACCUCAUUAAUCACGCUCGUACUCACACUGGCGAGAAGCCUUACAAAUGCGGCCAGUGCGGCCGGGGCUUCAGUGGCAACUCCAACCUCAUCAAGCAUACCCGUAUCCACACCGGGGAGCAGCCCUACCGCUGCGGACAGUGUGGGGAAAGCUUUCGCUUCCAGCCCCAGCUGGUGCGGCACCAGAAGCACCACACAGGGUAGCUGGUGAAGAGGAGAAGGCCCUGUGGACCAUAGGCAGCUACCUGGUGUUGGGAGGAUACACAGCUGUUCCCCUGGAUGCCUCAUAUGGGGUACGAAUUCGGGUGGAGAGAGCCCUCAGAGCCUGCUGCCUUUUCUUCUGGGUAAACGUGUUUGUGAGCAUCAUCCAGACACUCGAGCAUGGAGGGAUGUGGCUGCUGCUGAACAAACUAACAUGUGUUCACUGUUGGGCUGUGGUUGUUCUGAGCCCCUGUUUCGGGACAGGGGAAGAGAAGGGUGCUUGUAUGGUAUGGUACAUUCAAGGCCAGAGAGGAGAACGUAGAGGUGUUCCAAGGGUCAGUGCCUUUUGAUGUGAUUUCUAGUGGGGAGUGAUUUUUAUCCCAGUAAAAAGCAGCAAAAAUCUGCACCUGUUUUCUGUCCAAGCUGCCUGGGCUUUUUGCAGUAAGCCCAUGGCCAGGGAUGAUCGUUUCCCUUAGACUCCAACACCUCCCACCCGCCAGGGUUCUUGGGCUUAGGUGGUGUUAGCAUCUCUUCAUUGGAAGUCCCCACGACACUGUGCUGGAGGGUGCCUCUGCAUACCCGUUGUGGGCCAAGACAAUGCUCCGGCAGGGCCACAUCUAUGGAAUGAUGUUUUUGCUGGCUGGUAUGGCUGUUACAUUGACAGUUCCACAAAUUGCCAUCUGACAGCUUAGUCCUCAGCAGCAAUGAAGUAAAUUAACAUCCUAAUAGGUGUUUCUCUCAGAUUCUUGUUUAGGUGCUUUAGUGGGUGGCACUUUAUGAAUGUUUUUCUAAGGCUUUUGAAAAAAGCAUUUAGGAUUUACUUUUUUUAAUUGUGAUCUUCUAAUUGUCAGCUGAUGAACAGAAAAAGGAUGACAUUUGAAAAAUAAGCUAUGUCAAACUCUGAUUUUAUAUUAAAUGUUA